AUUUUUUGGUAAUGAAAUGAUUUCUUUAGAAUUUUUGAGGACAAACUAUUAUUUAUAUUAAACAUUAAACAUUAAACGAUCCUCAGGGUGCGGUCGGGACUAGGGAGUAAUACCUAAAAAUAUGUAGAGCUCUUUUGCCUUUUUUUUGUACAUUUUACAAUGCAUAUACUUACGGCAUGUACAGUACGGUUUCAUAGCGGGGUAUAAUUUUCUUAAGUAUGUUUAUAAAUAUAUUGUAAUUUUGUCCUUCCCAGGAGUAUUUAUCAUUUAUCCUCCACGUGCACUGUAGCUCUAUACACUACAGUUGUAAUAUAAUUUGUACCUUUGCACACUUUAAAUUAAUUUGCUUUGAUCUCUGUUAUUAUAACUUACAAAUUUAAUUAGUUGCUCAGUUUUCUGUAAUCCCUGUAUUGUAUAUAUUUAUAAAUGAACUAUUUUCCACAUAUAUUAUGAAUUUACAUGAAUUUUUAUUUUCAGAAAACAUGAGUCAGGUUUACAAGACAUGAUUGAACCUUGCUAGUAUGCUAAGUCCAGCCUUGAGCCCAGUAUGAUUCCUGUUCUUCUCGUCCUUCUCCUCCCCGCCUGUCUUCUAGCAAGCUACAGACAGUUCGGGUUCCAAAACCAUGAUCUUUGCUCCGAGGAGGAGAAAGGAAAGAGUUUACAGCUCGGAGCAGGAGCAGCUCUUCUAUCUCUGGAUGGAUUCGGAGCUAUGGAAACCUUUCUCAAGUGUAGUGUCAAAAUAGAGGCAGAUGAGGGAUUGGGACUUAUGGUUUACGUGGAGGAGAUGCAUUUGAGGAUUGAUGAGAGGCCUGGAGUACUCCAGGAGAAAUCUUGUAUCGACUAUGUACAGUUCGGUAGAGACGAUCUUAUUCCUUUCUUUACGAUCAGUAAGUCGGAGAAGCUUUGCGGAAACCGAACCGGAUUUGUUUACGAUGAACCCGGAGGAAAACUGUUGGUUUGGCUAAACAUAGGCCCGGGCCGUGCAAACAAUUAUAGAGAGUCUGCUCAGAACGAUCGUCUCACGGUCGUUGUCACAGCGUACAAGCAUCUUGCCAAAGAGGAGUCGACAAACUUCAGAUUAUGUAGUGUAGGGAGUAAGGCAAUACGUAAAGAAUAUUUUUGUGACCAAAGAAUAAAUUGUGCCUUGGAUAAAAUACCCGGUGACGAACGACCGGAGAUCUGUCGGCACAAUCGAGGUUCAGCGCAGGACGGAGAAUAUGAUAACCCUACCGGUGAUUGGAACCCACCCCUGAACCUAGUGAGUAUAACUCUAGUCCUUGUCUCCGGAGUAGUUCUCCUGGUUCUCAUUCUUCUCCUUGCUGCUCGGAUGCGUAGAUCAGGCUGGUUCUGCUUCCGGAGACCGCUUAUUAUUGAUUGCGAGCUGCCGGAGCGAGCUGUCGGAGUAACAAGAGCUGCCGCAGGACAUAGAGCCGGAGCAGGGUUGGUGAGAGUUAUGAAUUCCGGAGAACAAGAGAACCUGUUCCGACCCGCGUACCUUGAACCACGCCAGGAUCCGGGUUUCAUCUUACCUAGAGGAACCACACCCGAGGCAGAACCACCUCCAGCAUAUCAUGAUCUGUUUCCGGCCGGAUAUAAAUUCGACCCGGAGAAAGUGCCGGAAACUAGUCAGAACCUUCUGUCCUCUAAACCAGAGGAAUCCAUUGAACUCCAGGACCUGCAGGCGGUUCCGGAGUACGGAGAACUUCAAACAGCUCCGGUUGAACCAACCCCUACUUCGGGUGGAUCAGGAUAGUGUUGAUAGUUAUCAAUCUUUCAUCUUCACACUCCCAUUUUUCAUCCUUACUCCAGUGACCAAUUCGUCCGACUUGACCUAUCCCCUCUUAAAGUAUGACCGUUGGAACUAAAGCGGGGAGGAGAUUAUAAGAUUCGCUUUCCAAAGUUCGUUUGCGUCUUGCCAUAAUAAUUUUUGAUAUCCCUUUAUCUCUCUGUACAAUAUACUGCUUCUCUGGACGAUGUUAUACAGUAUUGUAUGAACACCUCCAAACCCAAUUAGUAAUAAUUGUUUAAACUAUUCUACGGUCGUACUUUAAAGAUGUAGGGUCGACCAUGUCGACCGUUAUUAGUUCACAAUCUGUCAGAUCACCGAGUAACAAUUAGUCAGAAGUUCACAAAACUAUAUUUUUACAUUUCAUGCUCAUUGAACAAUGUUCUCUCUUUCAAGUUCACAAGUGGGGUUUUCCUCUCAAUAUUUUUCACAAGUUUAGAGAAGAUUAAAAUUUUAGUUUUCUAGUCUUGCUACAUUACUAUCCGCUUAGAUUGUAAAUACUUAAAGGGACCGUUCACUUAUUUCGGUAAUUUCAUGGUAAACUAAUACGCCUAUUAGCUAUUCAUUGGUAUAUUAGUCUUACUUCUCAAAGAUAUCUAUGACCGGAGAAAAAGCCGAUUUAUUGUUUAAAAUACCAGUGGAAAGGUAUAAUACCUUAGCAUAGACACCAUUUAAACGUUUUUUCAGUAACAAGAGUUCAAUAAAUUCUAAAACUAUCAUGUGUUAAUGACAUCAUGUGUCAGCCAUUAUAUAUUAAAAUAUAAAAACUUUUGAUUUUAGAAUAAGCAAGAAAUUAACGUUUUUCGUGUUCAAACAUGUAGACGACUUUCUCUCAGACAAACUGGUUCCUAGAUUCCAACUCUUCAAUAAAUCACGGGGAUUUCUGGGGGAAGUAGGGAAAACGUAGCAAACCGUCAAAUGUUUAAAAUAAGUUUUAUUUUGAAACAGACAUAUUUAGAAUAAUUUUGAAAAAAAAUUUAAGGUAAUUAACUAUGAGAUACUAAAAAUCCAUUACUAAAACAAAAAGCAUCAAAGAGGGUAAAUGCAAAGGUAGCAUACCUUUGCGCUGGAAUUCUGAAUGAUAAAUCGGCUAUUUCUCAGCCCACAGUUUUCUUUGAAAAAAGUAAAAGUAAUACCAAUGAAUAGCUAAUAGGCGAUUUAGUUUACUCCCAAAUUACCCACAUAAGUGAACGGUCCCUUUAAAGAUAUUGACCCCCAUUAGACAAAUCUUCCCAAAGUAAAAAUAAGCAUUUUAUACUUUCAAACUCACUUGUCAUUGCUUACACCAAAU